AUGCGGGUGCAGCGGGCGCUCGCGGGCGGUAUCGAUCGCUGGGCGGGGCGCGGGGCGGGGCGCCCGGGCCGGGCGUCAGUACGCGUCGGGGCCGCGUCCGCGCGGUCGUCGCUCGUCCAGCUGCGGCGCGCCGGAGUGACUCCGCGGCCUCGGGCGCCCGGCGGCGGCGGCGAGCCUCGCGCCGCCCGCGCCCGCGCCGGCGGCGAGCCUCGCGCCGCCCGCCCCCGAGCCGCCGGCGAGCCUCUCGCCUCCCGCCCCCGGCCCCGCGCCCAUGCCGCCCGCCCGCCGCGCUCGCGCUCGGCUCCCUGCGCCCGCCCCGCGCCCCGGGGCCCGCGCCGCGCGCGCAGCCUGGCGCCCCGCCCGCCGCGCCCCCGCCUGCGCCCCGUGUUCCUCUGGGCGCGCCAGCAGGACGGCCGCGUGCAGGCCGUGCACUGCGAGGACUACGACCCGCGCAACCGCAUCCGCCUGGCGCGCACGCCCGGCGGCUGGCGCGUGAUCCCGCGCACCGAGAUCUACAACGCGAUCCGAGUGCCGCCCGCGCCGCCGCGCGAGCGCAAGCGCGGCCGCACCGCCCGCAAGCGAGCUCGCGAGCCGGCCUGGCUCGCCCCUCCCGACCUGGAGACCCACAUCCCCUCGCACACCAUCGCGGUGCCGCGCUCGGCCGCGCCGGCGCCGCCGCCCGCGCCCCCGCCCCCGCCGCCGCCCGAGCCCACGCCGCUCGACAACCUGCUGGCCGUGGCCGAGCUCGAGCCGGCGUGA